GUGCACAUAUUCAUGGCUGGCUACUCGUCGUCACUUGUAUUCAUCAUAAUAUCUUUGCUAAUAUUCGGCUAUUUUAAGCAGCUGCAGUGCGCCAGGGUGACUGUUCACAAGAAUCUAUUCACCUCCUAUCUACUCACCAACACCGUGUGGAUUGUCUGGUACGCGACGAUUGUAACAAACGCGGAUGUCUUGCGGGAAAACAAGGCGUGGUGCCAAAUACUUCAUGUACUGACGCAGUACCUACUGGCGUGCAAUUACUUUUGGAUGUUCUGCGAAGGAGCCUAUCUACACACUAUGAUUGUGAUCACAUUUGUCAGGGAGGAAACCAUUAUGAAAUUCUUGUAUGCGAUAGGAUGGGGUACGUUCAUAUCGAUUUGCGAAUCGCAGCUGCAGUGCGCCAGGGUGACUGUUCACAAGAAUCUAUUCACCUCCUAUCUACUCACCAACACCGUGUGGAUUGUCUGGUACGCGACGAUUGUAACAAACGCGGAUGUCUUGCGGGAAAACAAGGCGUGGUGCCAAAUACUUCAUGUACUGACGCAGUACCUACUGGCGUGCAAUUACUUUUGGAUGUUCUGCGAAGGAGCCUAUCUACACACUAUGAUUGUGAUCACAUUUGUCAGGGAGGAAACCAUUAUGAAAUUCUUGUAUGCGAUAGGAUGGGGACUUCCCGUUCUCCUAGUUCUUGUAUACGGACUUGUACGUGGCCUAGUACCAGUUGGAAACACCGAUUUUUGCUGGAUAAACGAAUCGAAUUACACGUGGGUCAUAGCGGGUCCUGUGUGCGCAUCUGUUGUCAUAAACCUGUUUUUCCUAUGCAACAUAGUACGAGUUUUACUGCAGAAGAUGCGAGCAGUGAAUGCGCCUGACCCGCAGCAGUACAGGAAGGCAGUUCGCGCUGUUCUCAUUCUCGUGCCGUUGUUUGGUGCGCAGUACAUACUGCUGAUUUAUCGACCUCCGCAAGGAACCUCAGGUGCAGAGGUCUUCACUAAGGUCUACGCCUUUUUCGCGUCGUUUCAGGGGUUGUUCGUCGCUCUGAUAUUCUGCUUGUUGAACGGCGAGGUUCUGCGAACAAUAUACACGCACGUGAUGCGCAACAUAUUGAAACGAACCGACAAACUUUCAGCGAGAAACACGUCCGUUUAUCUGCGACCGAAGUCGACGGCAAACGUCGCCGAACAGACGCCCAUUCACCAGAAUUCUCAGUUCUGA